AUGUGACGAAGUGUUUAUUUUUUGUUUUUUCAAUAAACUUAUCCUAUAUAGUGAGGUUAUAAAAAUGUCCAAUUCUUCGAAUUUGUAUAGUUGUUUUUUUUUUACUUCAGAAUAACCUCCUUAGUGAUUGACCUAUUUUUUAUUUAUUUGUGUUUAUUAUUAGUAAAAGAAAACUAAAGAUGUCAGCAAAUGUUUUAAAAAUAAUUAUUUUAAUUCAACAAAUUAUUGCAUUGCACUGUUUUGACUAUAAACAUGUAGACCAAUGGAAGAAUGAAUUUCCUAUGUGCGGUGGAAGACGUCAAUCUCCUAUUAAUAUUAAUUUAACAGGAAAUGUAAAAAAAUUUCUUACAGACACAAUAAAAUUAAAUGAUUAUUGGAGAACUCCAUUGGAAAUGACAUUAACAAAUGAUGGUCACAGUGUAAAACUGACCACAAAAUGGCCUGAUAACUCAAUUCCAAAUCUAUCUGGUGGAUUACGAGGGCGUAGUGAAUAUCUUUUCGACAGCUUACACUUUCAUUGGAGUCGAACAGAUGACAGUGGCACUGAACACUCAAUUGAUCGACGACGAUUCGCCUUAGAAAUGCAUAUAGUGCAUUAUAACAAAAAAUAUGGAUCAAUUUUAAAUGCUGUCAAUCGUUUUGAUGGAUUAACCGUAAUAGGUUUAAUUUUUCAGAUUAAUGAUGCUGAUGAUUCGACACUUUCACCAAUAGUAACUCAACUACGACAUGUUACAAAAAAAGGAGAAACUGUGAAAAUAAAUCCAUUUCCUUUGUCAAUUUUCGAUUUAGACACAGAAGACAUGUUUAUUACUUAUGAAGGAUCAUUAACAACACCACCGUGUUCUGAAACUGUAACAUGGUUAUUGACUCAAAAUUAUCGCUACGUAACCAAUGAACAGAUAAAGACUUUUAGACAAAUAAAAUUAGACAAUGGAGAUGAAGAAAAUGUGAGACCAAUUCAACCAAUAAAUCAACGAUUACAUUAUUUUGUUCCCUUAGACAGCAACUUUAUCAUACAAAUCAAACAUUAGUUUA